UGUCCUGGUGUCUGAGUGAUUCCCAGGUCCCAGCAAAGGGACCAAGUUUCCAGAGCCCUGAAGACAAGGGGUAACACGCCAAAAUAUGGACUCAUUUUCCAUUCAUUGGCCGAGCACCUGCCAAGAACGAAGGCGUAAUUUCCCGAUACCUGGCAAACAAACGCAGUAUUGCCUCACGAAUCGAUUGCUUUUCUGAGGUGCCCACGAGCGUAUUUGGGGAGAAGCUUCGGGAACAAGUUGAGGAGCGGCUGUCCUUCUAUGAGACUGGAGAGAUUCCAUGCAAGAAUCUGGAUGUCAUGAAGGAAGCAAUGGUUCAGGCAGAGGAAGCGGCUGCUGAGAUCACUAGGAAACUGGAGAAACAGGAGAAGAAACGCUUGAAGAAGGAAAAGAAACGACUGGCUGCACUUGCCUUCGCUUCUUCAGAAAACAGCAGUAGCUCUCAGGAGGAGUGUGAGGAUACUGUGGAAAAACCCAAAAAGAAGAAUAAGCAAAAGCCCCAGGAGGUUCCUCAGGAGAAUGGAAUGGAAGGCCACCCAUCUAUCCCUGUAUCUAAACCCAAGAAAAAGAAAUCUUUUUCCAAGGAGGAGUUGGUUAGUAGUGAUCUUGAGCAGGCCACGGGCAUUGUAAGUCCUCCCAAGAAGAAGAAAGCUUCACCCAAGGAGGAAACGGUAGUUAGUGAUCCUGAAGAGGCAGGCAACAAGAGCGUGUCUAAGAAAAAGUGGAAAUUCUCCUCUAAGGAGGAGGUGGUCGGCAGCGGGCCGGAAGAGGCUGUAGGCAUCAAGAGCGGCUCCAAGAAGAAGAAAAAGUUCCACAAAGCUCCCCAGGAAGAUUAGAAUGGACAUUCCCUGUGAGGGAGGGGUAUCCCAUACCCCACAGCAACAUUUCCCACCCUGUGUCCCAUACCUCAAUAAAAACAAAUUCACA